AUCCCCCCCCCCCAGGUCCGCGCCGCGUCACCUUUAUUUAUUUUCCCCAUUUCUGACUUUCCCGGACACAAAUGGCGCUUCCUCUCUCUAAGCCUCCAACACUGCCCUAACCAUAACCGAGACGCGCCGCUUAAGAAUAUAAUGAAAUGAAGCGCGUGUUCGAGGAAAUCUCCGAUGACGAGUGGGGGAACCACUCCUUCAAGCCCUCUCGCGUCCUCAGAAACCCGCAACAGCCACCACCUCCUCCCAUCGAAUCCUUCACUUACGCAUCGUCCAAGCCCCAAGUCGAAAUCACACUUAAUUUGGAGGACGACGAUGUGGAGGCGGAGGCCGCGAGGCCCGCGGCGAAUCGUGGCCGUCGGUUCGUGGUCGAUGACGACGAGAGCGAUGGGGAUUUCAAGGAAGUGUUUGAGGUAAAGUCGAGCGACGAGGAGGAGGAGGAGGAUGUGGUAGGGAAGGCUUUGCACAAGUGUGCGAAGAUAUCGACGGAGUUGAAGAGAGAGCUGUACGGCUCGUCGCGGACCGCGUGCGACCGCUACGCGGAAGUGGAGGCUUCUUCAGUUAGGAUUGUGACCCAGGAUGAUAUUCAUGCGGCAUGUAGGUCAAAGGACUUGGAUUUUCAACCUGUUCUCAAGCCAUACCAGUUGGUUGGGGUCAACUUUCUUCUUCUGUUAUAUCAGAAGGGUAUUGGGGGAGCCAUUUUGGCAGAUGAGAUGGGCCUUGGGAAGACUAUCCAGGCUAUUACAUAUUUGACCUUGCUGAAACACUUGAACAAUGAUCCUGGUCCACAUUUAAUUGUAUGUCCUGCAUCUGUUUUGGAAAACUGGGAAAGAGAACUUAAAAAGUGGUGUCCUUCGUUUUCCGUUCUCCAGUAUCAUGGGGCUGCGCGAUCUGCCUAUUCGAAGGAACUGAGCUCUUUAGCUAAAGCUGGAUUGCCGUCUCCUUUUAAUGUUCUUCUUGUGUGUUAUUCACUUUUUGAAAGACACAGUGUGCAGCAGAAAGAUGACCGUAAAAUUCUGAAGCGUUGGCGAUGGAGCUGUGUGCUGAUGGAUGAGGCCCAUGCCUUGAAGGAUAAAAAUAGCUAUAGGUGGAAAAACCUAAUGUCUGUAGCACGAAAUGCAAACCAGCGUCUAAUGCUGACAGGAACGCCACUCCAAAAUGAUCUACAUGAGCUGUGGUCAUUGUUGGAGUUUAUGAUGCCUGAUCUUUUUGCUACUGAGGACGUAGACUUGAAAAAGCUUUUAAAUGCAGAUGAUUUGGAUUUGAUUGGUCGUAUGAAGUCUAUUUUGGGACCAUUUAUAUUGAGACGUUUGAAAUCUGAUGUAAUGCAGCAACUUGUUCCAAAGAUUCAACGGGUCGAGUAUGUUGUAAUGGAAAAGCAACAAGAAGAUGCAUAUAGGGAAGCUAUUGAGGAAUAUCGUGCAGCUUCACGAGCUCGUAUUGCAAAAAACUCACAGAUAAACUCAGUUAAUAUUUUUGGAGUUCUUCCUCGGCGUCAAGUGUCCAACUAUUUUGUUCAGUUUCGUAAGAUUGCAAAUCAUCCUUUAUUGGUUAGGCGUAUUUACAGUGAUGAGGACGUUGUUCGUUUUGCUAAAAAGUUUCAUCCAAUGGGUGCGUUUGGCUUUGAAUGUACCUUGGACAGAGUAAUUGAAGAACUUAAGAGUUACAAUGACUUUUCCAUUCACCGGCUUUUACUUUCCUAUGGUGUCACUGGUACAAAGGGAAUCCUUCCAGACAAACAAGUUAUGCUUUCAGCAAAAUGUCGGGCAUUGGCUGAACUUCUUCCUUCACUAAAGCAAGGUGGGCAUCGUGUUCUGAUUUUUAGCCAGUGGACGUCAAUGCUUGAUAUCUUGGAAUGGACUUUGGAUGUGAUUGGGGUUACAUACAGACGACUUGAUGGAAGUACUCAGGUGACAGAGCGACAGACGAUAGUCGACACAUUCAAUAACGAUGCUUGUAUAUUUGCAUGCUUGCUCUCCACGAGAGCUGGAGGGCAGGGAUUGAACUUGACUGGAGCUGAUACUGUCGUCAUCCAUGACAUGGAUUUCAAUCCACAGAUUGACAGGCAGGCUGAAGAUCGUUGUCAUCGCAUUGGCCAAACAAAGCCUGUCACCAUAUACAGGCUGGUGACCAAGGGUACUGUUGAUGAGAAUGUUUAUGAGAUUGCGAAGCGGAAGCUAGUCUUGGAUGCUGCAGUCCUCGAGUCUGCUAUGGAAAUGGAUAAUGAAGGUGAAACGUCUGAAAAGACUAUGGGAGAGAUAUUAUCGGCGCUUUUGUUGGGUUAGGACAUUCAUUCACUGCGACAAGCAAAUCUUAAAUAUUGUAAUUCUUUUGCUUCUUCCUGUACUAUUUAGACCAUAGUGCCUAUACUAUAGGGAUGUAAAUUAGCACUAAGGUAUCGCGCGGUUAAAAUUACUAUAAAUAAGUUAUUAUGAGUCGCUUAGACAUUUUAGAUU